AUAUUAUAUCCUAUUGAACGGUCGCUGUUCAGGAGGUGAUGGGUAAGACUGUGUUAUUGUGCGGCGAGGGCGUGUCCUGCCUGCCCGGCGGCGUGACCGGUGCGGCGGAGCUAUCCGGCGUGGUGGAGCGGCUCGCGGGCGAGGAGCCGCCGUUACUGUGGGCCGGCGCCGCCGCCGCCGACUCGCCACGGGUCAGGGACGCGGUGCGAUACGCCGCGCUAGAGGUCAACGAACACCUCGAGACGUACUUCGACAGGCGGGAACAUGCGCUAGAGACGUUAGAACUAGCACGCAGUGGAUGCGCGGGCGCAGUAGGCGGCGAGGAAACGGCGCGAUGUCUCUACAAGCUGAUCUUCCAACUGCUGUUACUGCUGGAAACCAAUAACAAAAUGGUCGUUGCCGUCUACCAUGCAGCCCUCGACAACAGGGUAUGCGUUUAUUUUUAAAGUUCUAGAUUUUAAAAUGUAAGUGCUAAUUAAUAGAGUAGUAGAAAUG